UCUCUCUCUCUCUCUCUCACACAUAAAGCACCACCUCAUUUCAUGACCAAAUUAACCUCUGCUUCUCAUUUUAGAGAAAUUUUCCAAAGCAUGAAUUCUAUAUCAGAAUCCUACAAAAACACCCAUAUGAUUCCAUUAGACUUCAAGGCUGUUCUUGGAUUGCCUGACUCUCAUACUUGGACUCCUACCCCAGACUACCCACCCGAUAACCCAUUGACUACCAAUUCAGUACCUGUAAUUGACCUCUUUGACCCCAAUGCAAUUUCUCUCAUAAGACAUGCCUGUGAGAGAUUGGGUGUCUUCCAAGUAAUCAACCAUGGCAUUCCCAUCGACCUGCUUAAUGAACUGGAGCUCCAAACCCGUCGACUAUUCUCACUUCAGGCGGAACGAAAACUCCGUGCCGUCCGAUCACCGGAUGGAUUCACCGGGUACGGGCUUCCCCGCAUUUCCACUUUCUUUUCGAAGAUGAUGUGGUCGGAGGGUUUUUCCAUCAAGGGUUCUCCGGUGGAACAUGCUCGCCAACUUUGGCCACAUGACCACACCAACUUCUGUAAUGUGAUGGAAGCCUGCCAAAGGGAAAUGAAGGGAUUAUCCGAACAGAUGAUUGGGCUAGUGCUUGGGUCACUGGGUUUAACCCCUGAAGAUAUAAAAUGGGUCGAGCCCAGAACUGGGUCCAGACAAGCUCAAGACGUUCUCCAAUUAAACUCUUACCCGGUUUGUCCUGAUCCGAGUAGGGCAAUGGGCUUAGCACCUCACACAGACUCGUCCUUGCUUACUUUGCUAUACCAAAGCAACGACACUGGCGGUCUCCAAGUCCUUGUCGAGACUCUUGGUUGGGUCCCGGUGAAUCCGAUAAGUGGUGCAAUCGUUGUGAACGUUGGUGAUUUGAUGCAUAUACUCUCCAACGCACGCUUCAAGAGUGCAGUGCAUCGUGCGGCUGUCAACAAGAUACACCAUCGCGUCUCGAUUGCAUACUUCCAUGGCCCACCAAGUGACGUCAAGGUAUCACCGUUGACUCAGCUGACUGACAUUGAUCACCCUCCUCUAUAUCGACCGGUUACCUGGAAAGAGUACUUGGAUGCAAAGGCAACGCAUUUCGACAAGGCAUUGGAGGUGAUAAGGAACAACGAUUUACGUAAAUCAUCACCAUUAUCACCACCACCAUCUUGUAUUGUGGGGCCCAAAGAUGAACACAAUUUGCUAUAGUGCAACAAAACUUGACGAAUCGCAUUGGCAAUUGAUACUCUCUUAAUAGAUUCUGUGGAAACAGAAAGCACUUUGGUAUAUGAGAAAUUUCUUGUAUGAUUCACGAAGCACUUUCGUAUUUGAAAUUCUUUCAUAUAUUAAUCAUAAUUCAUACAA